CUUUUUUCUCCGACCAGGCCAUCCAUUUCUCUUCCUCAUUUCCCCAACCGCGCAGCGCUUGUAGACGCGCUCUCGCCGUGGUUCUUUUACUCCCUUCUUCCAUCAUGUCCCACUACUACGAAGGGGACAAACCCUCUACCGGGGUGCCCGUUCCCGUCCAGCUAUCAGCUGCUGACGAGGAUGAGCAGUCCACGAUGAGUCCCAUCAAGUACAUGGCCACUCGUCUUACAACCUUGGUGCCUCCUAUGAACCCAGCCCCCAAUCCCUUCAAGGCGCUCAUGCUCCUCAAUCGGAAGCAAUGGCUCUUUUUUGGGGUUGCUUUUGCCGGCUGGACUUGGGAUGCUUUCGAUUUCUUCACCGUGUCCUUGACUGCCACCGAUCUUGCAAAGACCUUCGACAAGUCUGUCACCGACAUCACCUGGGGCAUCACCUUGGUGCUGAUGCUCCGCUCCGUGGGCGCCAUUACAUUUGGAGUCGCUGCCGAUCGCUGGGGUCGCAAGUGGCCCUUUAUCGUUAAUAACCUCCUCUUUGUCGUGUUGGAACUGGGUACGGGUUUCUGUCAGACCUACAAACAAUUUUUGGCUUGUCGCGCUCUCUUUGGAAUCGCCAUGGGUGGGUUGUACGGCAAUGCCGCGGCGACCGCGCUUGAGGACUGUCCUAUGGAGGCGCGUGGUAUCGUGUCUGGCUUGCUGCAGCAGGGCUAUGCGUUUGGAUACUUGCUGGCUACCGCAUUUGCACGCGGCCUGGUCAAUACUACCUCCCACGGAUGGCGACCGCUCUACUGGUUUGGGGCCUGUCCGCCCGUGCUAAUCAUCAUCUACCGGAUGUUCCUGCCGGAGACCGAUACCUUCCUUCAGCGCCAGGCCACUCGAGAGCAUGUUCGCGGUGGAGUGACUACAACCUUCUUGUCCGAGGGUAAUACAGCCCUGAAGAGACAUUGGCUGCUUCUGAUCUAUCUGGUCUUGCUCAUGGCUGGCUUCAACUUCAUGUCUCACGGCUCCCAAGAUCUCUACCCGACCAUGCUUGAAAACCAAUUCAACUUCUCCGCCGAUGCCGUUACUGUUACCCAGGUCGUCGCCAACCUCGGCGCCCUGACCGGAGGUACUACGUGCGGCUGGGCCAGUCAGAUCUUUGGACGCCGCUUCUCCAUCGUCUUCAUUUGCAUUAUUGGCGGCGCGCUCCUCUACCCUUACACAUUUGUCACGAACCACAGCGUUAUGGCUGCUGCCUUUUUUGAACAAUUCUGCGUGCAAGGCGCAUGGGGUGUCAUCCCCAUCCACCUGAUGGAGCUGUCGCCGGGUGCUAUCCGCACCUUCGCGGUAGGUACGGCCUACCAGCUGGGCAACCUCGUCUCGUCGGCUAGUUCGACGAUCGAGUCCACGAUCGGGGAACGGUUUCCCUUGCCUCCCACAGAGGAUGGUACCAAGCGGUACCAGUAUGGCAAGGUCAUUUGUAUCUUUAUGGGCUGUGUGUAUGGAUAUACGAUCUUGGUGACGCUGAUCGGCCCCGAGCGGCUAGGUCGCAAGUUCGAUGUCGCGCAUGAUGGCGAUAUGGCGGUUGUGGCAGCACAACGGGGAACGGAUGGGGAGGUGGAGGUAGAGGGUGAUCCGGAGAAGGGCACGUCGAGGAUGGUGGAGGGUUGAUUCGAUCAGUCGCUUAGAUGUACUGUUGAUGAUGUUAUGAUGUGACGAGAAGAGUGAUAUUCAUUAUGCUAUAUAGCCGCUUGCAAUGCCUGAGAUUGUACGCUAUGUUUGUUGGCUUAGUCCAUUGUUUGACUCCGUCCCGAGAUGUCUCACUCCACCUGGCCCAACAUCCUAUCGC